UUAAUAACAACAACAGCGGAACAGGUAAUAUUUACCUAUCUAUGUGUGGAAGUGAAUACGGCAGUGUGAGAUGCUAAGCGGAAAUCGAAAGCGGCCGGAUACACUGGAAUUAGAGGUCCUCGGGGCACGCCAAGCAGAGUCUUCCGACAAUGAGGACUACGCUCUCACAGCGCACGUUCUACCACAGAAAGCUCACCAUAAGAACGCAAAGCAUCAACAUCAGAAAUCGACAUCCAAACCGCAAACGGCCAAAGCGGCCAAAACGCAAUGCAUAUCCGAUGGGGAUGGCACUGAAAAGUCAUCCAGCACGCAGCAUCUAACAAGCUGCACACGCUCUUUCACGUCGGAAAGCCCGCAGCGUCACAGGUGGUUUCAUUUACGUCGCAAACCACGCGAUGUACCAGCUGAAGCCGCUCUGCUCGCGCAGCAAAAUGCUGGCGAUAUCAGCAUCACAAAUACUGCCCCUACAACGCUAGCCAAGCCCGAAAUAACGGGUAUCGUCAACACGACCACCACAAACAGUACAACGCUGCACACAAGUCUGACAAUACCCGAUGUUGCAGCUGUGCUUACGCGACACGACUCUCAAAAACGUCGCAGUCGCACACAAACCGAUAGUCUUUAUAGUUUAGCAACACUGGCACAAUCGAGUGAAAUACGCGUGCAGCAACGUUUCGAAUCUACAGUGCCUGGCGCGUUGGUAAAUAAAGCAAAUGCUACAGAAAAAGAGGCGACAACGCUCUAUACAAAUGAGAACAGCGAGGCUAUAGCACAUACUACUAAGGAAUUUCGGGAGCAUCAUAGCGCUGUGCGCGAGCAUAUGCUACUCACAAAUGAGUUGGCGUCAGCGGAGGAUGUCGCAGACGGCGCUGUACCACCAUCGGCCCCUGGGUUUCAAGCAAAACUAUUAACCGUUCUAGGGUAUUUGCCCGGCUGGAAGAAAAAGGCAUGCACUAGCCGCCGCUCGCGCGCUAAACACCCGGCAGGUGUCGCGAUAGGGAGUGUCAGUACCAAUGACGGAUCGCUGGAUGGUAACGGUGGUGGGGAGAGUAUAAGCGGACAUAAAAGUCUAAAUGCAAGCGCUGACUUCGAACAUUUUUCGUCCACGACAGGUGUUAAUGGCGCUGACAGGGGUGUACGUAGGUUGUCACAAAUGCGACGACGACGCAGCUCAUACUACUUCUCUGAGAAUGAACGCAGAAUUCGAGCCAAUGAUCGAGAGUUUAAUGCACAAUUCAAAUACGCCGAUAAUUUCAUCAAAACGUCCAAAUAUACACUGCUGACAUUUUUGCCAUUUAAUCUGCUCGAGCAAUUUCAACGUCUUGCCAAUUUCUAUUUCCUGUGCUUAUUGGUGCUACAACUCAUACCAGCGAUAUCAUCGUUAACACCCGUCACCACAGCCAUACCGUUAAUCGGCGUCUUAACAUUGACAGCGGUUAAGGAUGCCUAUGACGACAUACAACGCCAUCUGUCGGAUUCUCAGGUGAAUAAUAGACGAUCAAAAACAUUGAGGAAUGGGCAAUUAGUCGAUGCAAAAUGGUCAGGAGUGCAAGUUGGCGAUGUGAUACGUUUGGAGAACAAUCAAUUUGUAGCCGCCGACAUUCUUCUGCUGACAACAUCCGAACCGAAUGGCUUGUGUUUCAUCGAAACAGCCGAAUUGGAUGGAGAAACGAAUUUAAAAUGCAAGCAAUGCUUGCCAGAGAUCACCGAGUUGGGUCAGCGCCAUGAUCUACUGUGGAAUUUCAAUGGCGAGAUAAUUUGCGAGCGGCCAAAUAACUUACUAAACAAGUUCGAGGGCACACUCAUUUGGCGAAAUCAGAGAUACGCGCUCGACAAUGAGAAAAUCCUACUAAGAGGCUGUGUAUUACGCAACACACAAUGGUGCUAUGGAGUUGUUAUAUUUGCGGGCAAAGACACGAAACUCAUGCAGAACUCAGGCAAAACACAAUUCAAAAGUACCGGCGUUGAUAGACUGUUAAAUUUUAUUAUAAUUGGGAUCGUACUUUUUCUACUUUCAAUAUGUGCGUUCUUCACGCUGGCCUGCGCCAUUUGGGAAAGUUUUAUUGGACAGCAUUUUCAGGUGUACUUACCAUGGGAGAAUAUCAUACCAAAAAAUGUUGCACAAGGCUCUACCGUUAUCGGUUUGUUGGUUUUCUUUUCCUAUGCCAUCGUCUUAAAUACUGUUGUGCCAAUAUCUCUCUACGUUUCAGUAGAGGUUAUACGUUUCGCCCAAUCAUUUCUUAUCAAUUGGGAUGAGGAAAUGUACUACGAACAAUCAAAAACUCAUGCCAAAGCACGUACCACCACGCUCAACGAGGAGUUGGGACAAAUACAAUAUAUAUUUUCGGAUAAAACCGGUACACUAACACAAAAUAUAAUGACAUUCAACAAAUGCAGUAUUAACGGACGUACAUACGGCGACGUAUUCGACCUGCGUACGGGUGAAGUUAUCGAGGUUACAGAUAAGCAAAAAUAUGUACAGAAUAGCAACUAUAACUUGAGCAACAGUAGUAGUAUCGGCAACAAAAGCACGACGGCACCAACAAUUCUAUUGCACACUGCCGAAGUGCAUCCGAAAAGCACAAUUAUGGUCUCUAGUCCCGAGGAUGGUGGUGCCGCCGAUAUUUCCAUAGCACCUUUAAACAUAACAACGGCAACGGCAACAGCAAUGGCAACAACUAAAGAAACUACUAUGCCCAUUAAAGGUGUGGUAGGUGGGCAGGCAGCGGCGGCAGUGACGAUGAAAGCCCUGCAUGAGUUCACACCUUCACCAACCAGCAAUAUACGACGCGUGCAGUACGAUGAAAAUUCCAUUGGUCACACAGACAAGUCGGAAACGACGUCGGCUCAGCAAGCAACUUGGCGGCAACGCUCAACAUCUCAGUCACCAACACGUCAAAUGCGACGCCAGUUGUCGACGCUGUCCAAUACGAGUGAUAAAGCUUUGGAACCGGUGGACUUUUCGGCGAACCCCGAAUUCGAACCGGACUUCCGCUGGUAUGACAGAACGCUGCUGGAUGCGGUACGGUCUGAUGAGGAGCAUGCGCAAAACUUCUUUCGUUUACUCGCCCUGUGUCACACAGUCAUGCCCGAGUAUGUGGAGGGACAUCUGGAAUAUCAGGCUCAAAGUCCCGACGAAGCUGCAUUGGUGUCGGCAGCACGAAAUUUCGGUUUCGUUUUUCGUUCGCGCACGCCGAACAGUAUAACGAUAGAGGUGAAGGGCAAUCGUGAGGAGUAUGAGCUUCUCAACAUUAUAGAUUUUAAUAAUGUGCGCAAACGAAUGUCGGUGAUAUUGCGACGCGGCGACGAUAUUUUCCUGUACUGUAAAGGUGCCGAUAAUGUGAUUUACGAUAGAUUAAGUUCCAGUCAAAAUGAUAUUAAGACGCGUACUCAGGACCAUUUGAAUAAAUUCGCUGGCGAAGGUCUACGAACACUGGUACUCGCUGAACGUCAUCUUGACGAAGCCUACUACAUGGAUUGGUCGCAGCGUCAACAAGUAGCGGCAGUUUCAUUAGAUGCACGCGAAGAGAAAUUGAACGCCAUGUAUGAGGAGAUCGAAACUGAACUGAUACUCGUCGGAGUAACGGCAAUUGAAGAUAAAUUACAGGACGGUGUACCCCAAACGAUAGCCAAUCUACAAAUGGCGGGUUUGAAAAUUUGGGUUUUAACUGGCGAUAAGCAAGAAACCGCUAUAAAUAUUGGCUACUCCUGUCAAUUGCUAACCGACGAGCUGGCAGAUGUAUUCAUUGUAGAUGGCAGUUCGUUAGAGGAAGUGAAUAAACAGUUGCGCGAAUUCCGCGAAUCGGUGCGAAUUCUAAAUCGAUUUAGACCCACGCCGCUGGAGCCAGCCGUAAAUCUCAAUAUAAAUGGCGGGAAUAGUGCCGAUCGAAAUUCAUCCUUCAUGUAUGGCUCAGGGUUGCGAACGCAGACCUCACCACCGCCAGCGCCAGCGAUAUCAGUGGUUACCUUUAGGUGGGAUGAUGACAAAAUUAAGCAUAAUAAGGGCGAACCGGACAGCGCUGAGUGUAAUGAGCUCUACGAUAAUCUCGAGAAAGGUGAGGAGGGCGCGACUACUUUGCGUCCAGAUGAAAUCAUCGAAGAGAACACCGGUUUCGCAAUUGUCGUUAAUGGGCAUUCAUUAGUCCAUUGCCUCUCGCCGGAAUUGGAAUCAAAGUUUCUUGAUGUGGCUUCACAGUGCAAAGCCGUCAUAUGCUGUCGCGUGACGCCCCUGCAAAAAGCCUUAGUGGUAGAGUUAAUUAAGCGCGCAAAGAAUGCGGUAACCUUGGCCAUUGGCGACGGCGCCAAUGAUGUCUCAAUGAUUAAAGCUGCGCACAUCGGUGUUGGCAUCUCAGGGCAGGAGGGCUUACAAGCAGUUUUGGCAAGUGAUUAUUCAAUAGCACAGUUCCGCUAUUUGGAGCGGCUCCUAUUGGUGCAUGGUCGUUGGUCGUACUAUCGCAUGUGCAAAUUUUUGCGUUAUUUUUUCUAUAAGAACUUUGCAUUUACCUUAUGCCAUUGUUGGUAUUCAUUCUUUUGCGGCUUUAGCGCGCAGACGGUAUUCGAUCCAAUGUUCAUAUCUGUGUACAAUUUAUUCUAUACGUCACUGCCGGUGUUGGCAUUGGGCGUAUUUGAGCAGGAUGUCUCCGACAAGCACAGCAUCGAGUAUCCCAAGCUGUACACACCCGGAAUGAAAAGUCAAUUGUUCAACACACGUGAAUUCGUUUACAGUGUUCUUCAUGGUGCAUUCAGCUCGCUGAUUCUAUUCUUAAUACCAUAUGGCACAUACAAAGACGGGAUCUCACCGAACGGACUCAUACUCAGCGAUCACAUGACUUUGGGCGCGGUUGUUGCUACAAUCCUCAUAAUCGACAACACAGCACAGAUAGCCUUGUAUACCUCGUAUUGGACGAUAUUUAAUCACAUCACCAUUUGGGGCAGCUUGGUGUGUUUCUUUGUUUUGGAUUACUUUUAUAAUUACGUCUUCGGUGGCCCUUAUGUCGGCUCACUCGCAAUGGCCAUGAAGGACUUGACAUUUUGGGCAACAACGGUGAUAACGGUUAUUGUGAUAAUGGCACCGGUAUUAGCAUAUAAAUUCUACUUAAUCGACGUACAUCCUAGCCUGGCUGAUAAGAUACGCCUGAAGUGUCGCGUCAGCACACGAUCUCGACAAAGCAAUAUGGUAAUGAGAACACCAUCGGCGCGAAAGGCGCGACGCUCAUUACGCUCUGGCUAUGCGUUCGCCCAUCAGGAGGGCUUUGGUCGCCUCAUCACUUCGGGAAAGAUUAUGCGCAAAUUACCACAGGAAUUCGCCUUCCCAUUGGGUUUGGGUAGCAAAAAGUUGCAACCGCAAACAACUGACGGUAAUGAAGGCAAAAACAGUCAAAACAAUAACAAUAGCACGAGGAGUAACAAAAAUUCAUCGACUGGUUAUCUAAACGAUACCGACGCUGAAAGCGCAGCUGGCGGUGGCGGCAGUAAUGGCGCUCAUAACGAAGAAGAUGUAAGCCCACGUGCACCUUGCCAAGACUUAGAUACAAUUAAUCUUUAAGCUUAAAUAUAUAUGUAUAUGUAUGUACAUACAUAUGUACUUGUACUGUAUAGAGUUUAGAAGAGGCCGAAUUGAUCGAUGAUUGGCAAUUAACAGCAGUUACAGUCAAUGAAUGACCAAAAUUAUAAAAACCCAAAAAAAACAGGAAUGAGAAAUAAAAAGAGUAAAGGGAAUAAUUACAAACAAAAACGAUGAAACAAAGGAAAUGAAAAGGAAAGUUUUAACAAAAUGCUAUAGACAUUAAGUAAGUCUUUAAGGAAUCUACAAUCAAUCAGAAAAAACUUGGAAUUUUAAUAGUCAUAGAAUAUAAUGUUAAUAAUGUACUAAGAUCAGGUGAUGAUUAAUCAAUUGCUAUUAAUGAUUUUGUAAAAAAAAAAACAAAUACACAUGCAACAAGGAACUAAAAUAAAUAUGUACAAUGAAAAGUGACGCAAACACAACAAUAAACUGCAAUAUUUUAGGCAGAAGCAAAAAAUAUACUACUUACAACAAAAUACUGUAAAAUAAAAGCUUUAAUCUCUAGUAAAUAGCUUUAAUGCAACCUAAAUAUUGCCCAUAAUUUGUGCAGUAGUUGUUACUAACAUAAUUAUAUAAUUAGACUAAACUUAGUUUCUACCGGAGGCAAAGAAAAUCAAAAGAGGAAUAUAAUCUCUCAAAAGGAAAAAUUUUCAAGACAACGCAGAAGAAUACUUGAAAUUUAUAGUAUACAUACAUAUAGGAUUUCCCAUCUCUCACACAUACAUAUGUAUUUAUGUUCAAUUACUUUAAGUUUUCAGUCACAAACAUACAUACAUGUAUACAUACAUACGAGUAUUGUGAUGCGAUGAUCUUCUUCAUCUCAAAAUUGCUGGUGCAACAUACUUAUGCACAUAGAAAUACAAAUUCCCCAACUAUCUAAAUAUUAAUUAGUUAAGAAGAAAUAUAUAAUUUAAUAUACAUACAUAUGUAUUAAUUAUACGAAAAUAUUGGUGUAUAUAUAUAUGUGUAUACGUAUAUAGACCCACACAUCUACCAUUUGGGUGGUUCAAGUUUUUUGUUUUUUUUUUUAAAUUAAUAUAAAGUAUAUUUCAUACCUAAGACAAAUUAUAUUCAGUUUCAUUUAAAAAAUACCAACAAUACUUUCUCUGAAAUUUUUCAAUCGGAAAAUACUAUAAGAAUACAUACAAAUAUAAAAAUUGUUGAUGUUAUUUGUUGAAAACUCACUUAGAUUGUUUUGUUGCAAUUCUAUUCUAUUCGACCAAGAACAUCUUAAAAACAAAAUUAUGUAUACAUAAAAGGACAUAAUUCCUUAAAAGCUAAAAUCGUCACACCAACAGAUAUUUAAAUUUGAGGUGAUGCAAAUAUUUUUCUUAUUGUUGCAACGAGUACUGAAAAUAAACAAAAUCUCGAUAAUUUCUAAACAUUAAAUCUUACUCCGAAGAAAUAUUAAUUUAUUUCAUUCAUCUGAAUAUUUACAAAACAUUACUAGUUUCAAAACGCAAUUGAAAUUUUUUUCAAACCUAACGAGCUGGCAUGUAUGUAUGCAUGUGUGUAGUGCAUAUAAGUAUUGAAAUCAACAGUGGUGUGUGAUUUUCGAAGAAUGAAAUGUAUUGUGAUUAUUUAAAACUUCUUUUAUACAAAGCCAAAAUAACUUAAGAGUAAUCCGUAACUUGAACCGACUCGUCCUAUCGAACGGUAUAGUUCGGUCACGUCUGAUUCGUUUCCAACAACUAGCAAGUGUACUUAUGUAGGGUGGUGCUUUUAAAAGUUUUUACACAUUUGUAUACAUACAUACAUAAAUAUUUGUAGUUGUAGUAUGCAUUCAGCGCUAAAUGAAUGCUUUUUAACAGGCAAAAAAUUUUCCUUAGAGCUAGUACACAUUGUACUCUUAACGCGUUGAUGAUUAUCGCGGUGACGCAUACGCACUUUUGUUUUAAUUUAUUCUAUUUAAAAUUUGUAAGACGCUUUUAUAGGUUAUUAGGAAUAUUAGUCUAAGCACCAGGCGCAAGAUUAUUAAGCCGAUUAUUGUUUGAAAUAAAGAAUAUUGUAUUUUUACAUA